AUGCCCCAAAAGAUUUGUAAUACUGAGGCAGGGAGUGGGGCUUGGAGUACGGAGGCUACCACCAAGCAAGCUCCCGAGUACAAGAAGAAAACACUACGAACCAGCUCACUACCAGUUCCACUACGACGUCCACGACGAGCACACCGGGGACAUCAAGAGCCAGCACGAGCAGAGGGAGGGGACAAGACCGAAGGCGAAUACAGCCUCGUCGAGCCCGAUGGCACCCUCAGGGUGGUCAAGUACCACGUCGAUGGAAAGUCAGGGUUCGUAGCUGAGGUACACAGGGAACCCGGCAAGUACAAGCCAGCUCCCGAACCAGCCUACAAGAAGCCAGAGCCAAGCUACUACAAACCACAGCCAAACUACCAGAAGGCUGAGCCAUCUUACUACAAGCCCCAGCCCAGCUACUAUAAACCAGAACCAAGCUACUACAAACCACAGUAUAAAACAGCAGCAUUAUAA